AUGGAUGCCGAGCGCUUUGACACUUCCGUCCCUCUCUGGAUCCUGCACGUGGAUGGCUCGGCGAACCAGCAAGGCUGUGGUGCCGGCUUAGUGUUAACCACUCCGGACGGUGGCAAAGUCGAAUAUGCCCUCCGAUUCAACUUCAGGACCUCUAACAACGACGCAAAGUAUGAGGCUCUCUUGGCUGGCCUUCGGCUAGCCAAGAGCAUGAGCGCGAGACAGAUCAGCAUUCACAGUGACUCCCAGCUCAUUGUGAAUCAGAUAACGGCAGACUUCGCAGCCAAAGAUGCCUCUAUGUCAGCCUACCUAUCGGCAGCUCACCAACUCCUGCAUAAAUUUCAGGUUACGAGAUUCGGCAGAUCCCCAGGUCAGAAAAUAGUCACGCCGAUGCGCUCUCGCGUUUGCCUUCGGCAAUAA